CCGGAAAGCGGACUUGGUUUUCCAAACGGCUAGCUUAAAAACCCAGAGUAGUGUGCACGACAGCUCUCCAGUCGGCACGGAAGCGACGACGGCUCUCUGUCGACAGGCAUAGAGUGCACGGCGUUCACGGUACCACAUAAUUGAAACGGACGACGUCUCUUGCUCGACCGGGACUGUCGGCCAUGCCAACUGACACCAUCGGUGCAGGUUUUCCAGACACUGUAAACCCUGAGGAGGAUACAUCCUCCUCAGAGGGACAUGCAAUCCAUAGAUCAUUAGCGUCCGGUCGCGAUGCCUUAUCGCCUGUUAUCGAACACCGGAAAGCGUUGUGUUCUAGGCAUCAAAGAACCGUUGUCGAUCGACGAUAAAAAGACGGCCGCUCUAGGUCGACAGGCACAGUCGGCAUUGCCAACCGACUCCUGUGGUGAAGGUUUUACAGUCGCAGAAGACCCAGAGGAGGAUACAUCCUCUCCACAGGAAUAUGCAGUCAUUGAUCAUUGCGUUCAGUCGAUUGGGUGUAGAUGGUUCUGGGAGUUGGGUGAAAGACAAGUUGCCUGCGCAUUGCACAUGGCGCGUGACGUCAUGCGCACAGCUCUGGACGUGGUGGGUGACGUCAUGCGCACGGCUUUGAACGACAACAGAUUGCGAGACCUUGAUCGGUCAAGGAACUACGAGGGCACGGUGUUGAGACCAUGGUUAGGGAGAGGAUAUUCUGCAUGGCUGGUGAUCACAUGCGCACAGUUCUUGACGUGGUCAUUGCGCAGCAACUGGGUGGAACAACGGGGGAUCAACGACAACAACAGGUAUCCAGGCGUGCUAUUCUUGAUGACGGUUGCGCAAGACAACAUGGAGAUGGUUGCGCAAGACAACAUGGAGACGGUUGUCCGUGACAUAUAUCAAAUGGCAUCCGGUGGCGCUGGAGAUCAACGCGACACCGCCCGACUGUGCGUCGAAGACGUGACGCUUGAUGCAAGCCGGAACCAUGAAGAGCAUUUAGCGACCUCGGGCAGAACGGCAACGAUCGAGCGAAGCCAUCGGUCCGUUGGGGGCGUGACUCCUGAGCCAUGUGGGAAACAUGGUGGGGCUGCAACGACAACGGGUGCUGCACCAACUGCCGAUCGGAGGCGUCGGGGGCAUAGGGUGAUUCCGUUGCUGGCGUGGGAAGAGCCGUACAAUCAUCGUUCAGUGGACGACACCCACGUUGAGUUUAUCUUGAAAGCCAUGCUAGAUGCCUACUCGAAGCCGAACCACACCUACGAGAAGCGAGUCGUGAAAUUGGCAGCAAUCAGAGAACCAUGUACGGAAGGGAAAAAGGCGGUUCGUAUUACACCGGACCAAUUCAACGAGGACAACCCAAACGAGCAAUGGUACUAUGCCGUGAGCGGGCAGCACAACAUGAAGGCCGCUUUGUUGUUGAGGGAGCAUGAUAUUUGGAACAAACACUCGUUCCUUGAGUGGCCGUUCAAACCGUUGUACUUCUCGGACGAGGACUUCGACGGUUACACCCAGAUCAGUGUAAUCGACAACAUGAAGGACAAGGUUGCCCCUCCUAGGGCCCAACUGCUGUCUAUGAUCGACAUGCGACAGAUUUGGAAAAAUUUGAAACGUCCUCGUCCAAUGGCUGGGAAUGUUAAGUUCAAGCAGGCCUUGGUCGCCAAUUAUGAAAAAUUUCAAAAAAUGACACUGAGAAAGACACCAUACCACAAUCUCUGGCAGAUUGUGGAUAGCAGCACCAAAGAAGAUAAAAAAGUAUGGCAAGAAAAAUUGAGGUAUUUUUUGCCUCUCGUCAUGAGCGAUGACCAGACGUGGCAGCUAGGUAUGAAGUUCUAUGAAGAGUGGACGAAGGGUCAACUUCUCGCUCCGGAAGGCGCCCUGUGGACAAAGAGGCCUCCUACAACGGACCCGAAAGCCACUCAGGAGGGUCAAUCUUUUGGAGAGGACAGCAGCGGCCAAAAGAGAGUCGUGUAUAAUGUUCGCGUUAUAGAUCCAGAGCUGCGCAAAGGAAAGAAGAGGAGGAAACAGGAGGAGCGCGACUUUUUCGUUCAAGUCAAUGAACCCGACGUGCAUUGCUGGAAAGAAAUGGGGGAUCUCACAAAUAUGGAAAAACAACGGAUUUUGAGGGGUGUGUUGGACCUUGAGAUUGUGUGGGUGCAGCACGGGAGCAAAAAACUGGUUGAGCACGGGAAAAUGGGGAUGAAAGACACCUGCGAAAUCGGAAAGCAGGACCGAAUGCUGCUUCGACAGUGGCAUAUAAUUGAGUUCCAGCACCAGGGCCGGACCAGCGAUGAGUGGAACGCUGGUUUCUUCCAGACGAGGGAGCAACUGUUGACGCAAUACGGCUCGAGGGGGCUGAACGAGAAGUUAUGGGCGGUUUGCAGGAGAUUUGUCACCGAUCACUCAUACCUGAAGGACUGCCCCCAAUACCUCGGUUGUGCCUCAGAUAAGGAGUUGAAAACAACGUUGAGUCUAGUUGAAGACGAGAAGUUCCCUACCGAGUUCAAGCGGGUUGUUUUGUCCGUGCUCAAAGGCGAACGCGGCAAAGAGAAGGAGGCGCCUGUCAGACUGGACGAUUGCACUAACAUCAAGUGGAGGGACACCAAAGUCGUCACAACACUCGCACCUUUCGCCUUCGAUGCUUUCACAACAUUUUUUGUGAAGGACGACAUGCGGCAUGUUGUGAGGCAACUCCGGUGCCACACGUGCAUCAUCCACCUUUGUGAUCCCGUUGACCGAGCACGGUGGAAUGAGGAGGCCUUUAAGGCAUUGGCGGGUUUCCUGGAGACUUUAUGUCCUGAAUUUUGGACAGUGGUCGCUUUUGUUCCCAGGGUCUGGGACCUCUCUUUCAUGAGUCUACUACAUUGUCUCCCUGUGGUGAGUAGAAGCGCACGAAAAUGGGUUCGGAGGGGCCAAAUUCGGAAGACCUACCAGAUCGGUAACAGCAAAUGGGCCGAAGAGGACAGGAUGUAUGUACUCUUCCACGGGGAUGACCUCAAGCUCAAUACUCAUCCAGUUUACGAAGAGGGGUUGCGAGAUGACGACGCUGCCGCCUUGGGAAAGAAGCAGAAGUGCACACCAUCCGAUAUUGCUGAAACUCAGUUCACACCGACGACGUUCCAUUCAGCAGACGUCCUCCACCAGAAGGGGGUGGUGUAUAAGGAAAUGGAGCGCAACCCUAGUAUGUUGUCCAACCUUAUGGAGUUCUUCUGCUCACCCGAGAAUGCGGUUAUGUUCCUUGGGAAGGCGCACGCCCAAGUUGUGUGGAACCUCCUCAAGAGUGGGCGCCAUGUAGUGGCCGUGGAGGGGGACACAGAACUCCUCAGCUUUUUGAAGACGUACUUCAUGUACGAGAUCAAUAGUGGAGUUCAUAACUGCGACUUGCACAUCGGGCAAACCUCCAUCCAGCAUGAUCCCAACAGGAACUUCUGGUUCAAGCUCUCCUCUGAGAAACGGGCUAAGCUUUACAAGUUCCUCUUCCAGGACACACGUCCCUCAUACCGAACCGAUGACGACUACAGACUAUGUCGACAAGUCGCGAUCGGAACGCUGGACGGCUACCAUGGUGGGUCAAGGGAGGCGGCGACAAACUUCGUCGACAAACUGGAAGAGUGUUAUUUUGACCAAGGCAAGACUGAAGUCACUCUCAAUAUCUUCAGGGCACACGUCAAUGACGAGGAGGACUUCAACCCUAACGACGAUGAAGAGGUCAGCGUAGGUAAUACGGAGUUCGAGUUGGAGGCAACAUACCGCAAACAUGUUGGCGGUGUAGCAUCCUCAUCAACGCCUGCAACUUCCCAAAUUCCCGUGGGUUCGCCUCUCGGCACUCCAGUUGCCGCGCCAGUCGCUACGCCAACGUCCGGUUCUUCAAAAGGAUUUUUGUCGUCGAGGAGAAGACCACUCAGCCCCACCGUCAGACCGGAACUUCCAAUUCUGCUGCCCGUGUUGUCAGGUCUUCUACCAGGCAAAAUAUACCACUUCGGCAAAGACCACAGGAGCACCAACGAGGCUGAAUGGGGUCACCACAUAGUGUGGCAUCCUGAUUAUUUCCAACCGGCCGUUCUGGAUGGUGAAUGGGUCAUGAGCAAAGUCAAUGAUGACGGUGUGUGGGAAGUCAAUACGCGCAUGUCAAAGGAAGAUUUCUUACAAGUUGCGCAUGAGGAGGUGCUACGUGGAGGAUCUGUCCUCCGCACAACGAGCCAGGAGGAUAAGGACGUCAUAGACGAGACUUUGGAAAUGCAGGCGACUUCUCCUCGUGACGUGAGAUGCGAUGGUACGGAUGACGACUUUCUCUCGCAGCUGUAUUCGGGAAUCGACACAAAACCGCUUUCGGUGGACAAUUUCGUUCGUGGUGACUCAACCCAAGCACUUGACAUGCGGCCCUCACAACUGCGUGUAGUAAUACUCGUGUCAGGUCCGUGCGUGGAGGAGAAUGAUGUCACCAUGUCGGAACAGGAAGAAGGGGUUUUUCGUCAUCCGUUGGGCGAUGACAUCGCCCGAAAGCUUUUUCACGAUGACGAAGACCUUGCUGCCACCGCAGUUGUGGUGGAUUCUAGUCCAGGCAAGACUGCGGGCGCCGGGACAACUCUCGUGGAACUGUCUCUCGAUGAGGAUGUCGAACAACAGCCUGCCGACUCUCUUAGUCCCUUUGUUGAAGAGGUCGUUCGAAUCGUCGAUGCGGGCCUCGACGACUUGUCCAAGUUCCCAGCCCGUCUAGACCUCGUUGUUGCAUCGGGGAAGAUCAAAGGAGCAGGGGUAGUGCUAGGUCUGAAAGCCAGCUGCGUACAGGAGGAGGUGCCACGAGUUCAAGAUGAACACGAGGACGAUGCUGGUGGUCAUGCUCGAGAAGAAGUUGUGACCGGUAAGCAGUGACUUUCAUUGCUUCACUUUGGGUCUCUCUAGUGCUGAACAUCUGGAGUGUUCUUUCACAUGUAGAUAGCGUUAGGGAUAUGUGGAACAUGAGGGUAAUUGCUUGUUGCCCCUUGGUUUGUGAAGCGCGGCCGUACGUUGUAUUCGUAAUUAUGUUUCUUCAUCUGUUGUACGGAGAAAGUCGAAGGAAUAUCUCACGAAGACGAGAGUGUCACAAUUAUCCCCAAGAG